UGCCUGUGACGUAGAACUGUCAUGGCGUCUGCAGCAAUGUCAGAUUUUGAAAACGGUGCUGGAAAUAUUAGUGAAAAAUAUGAAAUCGAUCCAAACAACCAGCAAUUUUCGAAUAAUGCAACGUCUCUAGAAAUUCCAGUGGUAGUGACGCAUGAGAUCAGCUCCAAUGACACCAAACCUGUAGCUGAGAAAGGUAUCAAAGAGGAGAGUGAGCUAAAGGAACCACAGAAGACGGACUCGGAGUUCAACGACCGUAGAAAACCGACUACAGAGCCCCCUGUUGUAACAACUCCGGAUGACGUCACAAGUGAGGACAAUGAUGACGACGCCGACUAUAUUGAAUCCGCCGGAGAUGAGAGAAUAGCGUGUAUUGAAGAAGAAUAUAUUCAGCGUAUCUCUAUAUUAGAACAAAGGCAUAAUGAACUUGAAAACGUCCUUGAGAGAUUGACGACAGCCGUAGAAUGCGGUAUUGUCAACAUAAAACCACAGGGUGUGGCUGAAAUAACACCAGAGGACACUGUACAAGUUGCUGAAAAGAAAGAAGGGACAACAGGAGGAGAACCUGAGAAAAAUGAAACAGACCUUACACGUGGACUCAUUCUAGACCUGUUUGUGGAAUUUCAGCACAAGAUUCGAAAUUUUGCGGAAGACCUUAAUGGGGUACUGAACUGUAGUGAGGCGGCAAUAAGGCACGCCAGGGUCGUACAGGAAUGGGCAACUAGUGUGCAGUUGAUGUUCGAGCAGCUCAAAGAAGAAAGGCACAAGAUUCUUAAUUAUAUCGACGAAAGGGAGAGAAAUAUGAUGGUUAUCAAGGAACAGUUUGUGGCAGAGUUAGAGGAACAAGGCAAGACGUUGAAGCAGCUGGUGGAAGAAAUGAUGUCGCACCAUGAACUGCAGAAAGAAGGCGAAGAGUAUUGUAAGACUAAAGUAGGAGACAGCGCCAGUAAAAGGAGUACUGUUGAAAAAAUUGUAGAUUUGUUGUUGAAAAGGAGAUUGGAAGAGGACAAAUCUAUCAUCCUUAAUCUAAAUAAACAAUCAAAGAUUUCAGAAAUGAAACUGUUCAUUAUUCACCAACAGAGUUGCAUACAACAGUUACAGGAACAAAAUAAAGAGCUUAGGGCCAUAAUAGAAGGGCUAAUGGGACCAGACGAGAUUGAAGAAGAGAACCCGUGCGACUCCGACCAGUCUGGCACUCCAGCUAGUGUCAGCAGUCAGGAACAGUGUUUAUUACGCCAAACGCUUGAAAAACAAGACAGCCCUUCCAUCAGCCUUGUUUCCGAUGUGUUGUAUUGUGAUAGAGGAGAAUAUUUGCCCGGAGGCAGCACAGAUGGUGAUGUAGCCACUGUACAAGCGUACGGCAUAGGCAGAGAUGCUGAUGAAGUUAACACUAGUGAGGAGAUUGUCUUUGAUCCACUUUCCGUGAAUUACGUGCGUGAACAAUGCCAACUUGCCGAAGAAACUGAGAGACAAGCACAUCUUACUGUACAGAAAGACGAAAACGUACAGCCUGUUACUGACAGUUGCGAUUGUGCGGAAAAAGACAAAGUUAAACAAGAACCAGGUGCAGAAAAUGACAAGGUUGAACAAGAAGCAGGUGCAGAAAAUGACAAGGUUGAAGAAGAAACAAGUACGGAAAAUGACGAGGUUGAACAAGAAACUGGUGUGGAAAAUGACAAGGUUGGACAAGAAACUGAUGUGGAAAAUGACAAGGUUGAACAAGAAACUGAUGCGAAAAAUGACGAGGUUGAACAAGAAACUGGUGCGGAAAAUGACAAGGUUGAAAAAGAAGCAGGUGUGGAAAAUGAGAAAGUUGAACAAGCAGUUGAACCAGCAACGGACAGGGCAGACGAGCACAAUGCGGCGGGUGAUGGUAUUGACGUCAUAAAUGAAAAAACGAUAUCACCGGAAACAGACGACAAAAAUUCUACUGAAAACAAAGAAGACGUCUUAUAAUGACCAUGAAUUAAUGGCGGAAAUGACAUUACAAAUCAAAUGAGUGGUGACAUUUCAUAUCAUACAGAAAAUAGUGCUAGGAAUGGUACUAUGGAGGAGUGAUAUGGAGGAGUGACUAAUAUUAUGCUUCCAUGUAUUGUUAUUGUCUUGGGGAGUUUAAAAUUAUUCUGGGAGAUAUUAAUUGAUAUUUCUUGUCGCUUUUGUUUCUUGUCAUUGUAUUUUACUCCAACUGUUCUAUAUAUAUAUAUAUACAUAGUCAGACAACAUUGCUUAUGUGUAACAUUGUUAAUAUAUUCAUGGCAUGUAUAUUUAAACGUCGCAUUUAUUGGUUGUUAUUUUGUAAUACAACAUGUUUUAGUCCGGAACGGUACAGUUCCAGUUGUUUUUUCGUUUUAAGUGUUAACAUGUUUAAUCCAUAUAUAACUAAUAAAUCCUAGUUUAAACAUA